AUGCAUCAAGACACCACCGCUGCUGUUUUACGGAGGGCUAUGGUGUUGCUACUUUUUCUGUUGAUGUUCUCCUCUUCGUCGUUUCCAUCGUACACCAACGAGUGCCCAGACAAAUGCACGUGCGAAGUCACGUUAGUCUCCUGCACUAACCAAGAACUGGACCGGAUACCCGACAUGAUGACCGAUACCGAAUUUCUAGCGGCUGAACAAGCACAUUUGUGGUCAGAGUUAGUGUUUUUAUAUGAUAAAUAUGAAGAGUAUGAUAAUGCGGUAUUAGCCAUGAUGAAUCAUCCAACUGAAGCAUGGCGAGAGAGUCAUUUUAAAGAUAUUAUUACAAAGGUUGCUAAUUUAGAGUUAUAUUACAAAGCAAUACAAUUUUAUCUUGAUUAUAAACCGCUUCUGCUCAAUGACUUAUUGUUGGUGUUGACACCAAGAAUGGACCACACUAGAGGUGUUGCCUAUUUCACUAAGACAAAUCAUUUGCAAUUAGUCAAAACCUACCUGCGUUCCGUGCAAUCUUUGAAUAAUAAAGCUAUUAAUGAAGCUCUAAAUAAUUUACUGAUCGAUGAGGAAGACUACCAAGGUCUACGAACGUCCAUUGAUGCAUUUGAUAAUUUCGAUACCAUCGCACUUGCCCAAAAACUUGAAAAACACGAACUUACAGAGUUUAGGCGCAUAGCUGCUUACUUGUACAAAGGAAAUAAUAGGUGGAAGCAGAGUGUUGAAUUGUGCAAGAAAGACAGAUUAUAUAAAGAUGCAAUGGAAUAUGCGGCAGAAUCAAAAAAUUCAGAAGUAGCUGAAGAAUUGGUUACGUGGUUCUUAGAGCGAGGAAACUAUGAUUGUUUUGCUGCUGCUUUGUUUCAAUGUUAUGAUCUUGUGCACCCAGACAUUGUAUUGGAACUAGCGUGGAGGCAUAAAAUCAUGGACUUUGCUAUGCCUUACCUUAUUCAAGUCACUAGAGAAUAUGUUGCCAAGGUAGAUAAAUUAGAAGAAGCCGAAUCCAAGCGAUUGGAAGAACACAAAGAAGAAGAUAUCAAACCAAUGAUGAUACCUGAACCACAACUAAUGUUGACAGCUGGUCCAUCGGUUAUGGGUAACAUGUACUCGCCGUCCUAUCAAGGAACUGUUGCCCCUUCACAACAACCUUAUGUACCCCCAAGCGGAGCCCCUUAUGCAACUUCAAAUACUUUACCCUAUCAGGGCUAUGGCAUGUAA